UGGCAUCGAGCAACUUCAUUCCCUUGCUGGACAACGCGACGCAGUGUUCCAGCUCCGUGGCCUUGAAAUUUAGCUCGUUAAACUCGAGGUGCGUUUCAGCUCGAAUUUAACCUUUCGUCUGGCAACUUCAGUCUGUGGAACCAUCCGUCACGUGACCCGAUACCUCAGUCUCUUCCCUCGCCGUGGUGAAGCAGGUUCUCCGGGUACGAAGCAGCCGUCCUCGCGCAAUGUUCAUGACUUUCCCGACUAUACAGAUCUACCAGGCCCGAUCUACAGCAAGUCGAUCCAAGUGGUAAACUGCGACUGCUACUGCUACUGACACGAACGUCGCAAGCUGGUCUACUGUUUCCCACGACCACGGGCGGCUCAAUCGCAAGGGCUGGGCACUCCGAUUGGAAGCCACGUGCGGCGCUACGAGGCCCCUUCUACAGCAAGUCGAUCCAUCCGGGUAGAGGACUGCGACUGCGACUGACACGAGCGCCGCGAGCUGCAGGUCUCCUGUUCCCGCGAGCACGGACAGCUCAAUCGCAAGGGCUGCGCACGCCGACUGGGCGCAGCAUGCAAGAGUGCGUGGAGUUGCGUUCUCGAGCCGUCGUCCGUGUGAGUCCCGGUGCCAACAGACGUCCACCUAACCAGCAGGAGUGUGUGGAGUUUCGUUCUCGAGCCGUCGUCCGUGGUAGUCCCGGUACCACCAGACGUCCUCCUAGCCAGCAUGAGCGCGUGGAGUUGCGUUCUCGAGCCGUCGUCCGUGUGAGUCCCGGUGCCACCAGACGUCCACCAAACCAGCAGGCGUACGUGGAGUUGGAACCUCGAGCCGGUCUCCCGUGUCAGUCCCGGCCCCACCAGACGUUCUUCGACACACACCCAUCACGUGAAACUCUACGCAGGAGGCACCGACAAGACCUAGCAAGAACUAGGCACCCAAGCACGACCAAGAGGGCCGUCCUGCACAUAUAGGACGCGUGAAAUCAGGUCCUGCCACAGGGAGCACGAAUGUUCACGGAGGACUUGCACCAGUUCGCCAUCAUUUUGUCUAUGGUGCCCAUGGUGCUGAAACUCUUCCGGGUAUACUCAGGGACAUUAAUAAAGCAGUGAAA